AUGGGUAAUAAAACCAUACUAGGAUUAUUUAUGGUGUUUCUAGUAGCAUCAAGUGUGGUCUACGAGGCGCAAGGAACGUUCUUGUUAAAGUGGUACUUGAGGAGACAUUUUAUGCGAAAGGCAAGGGCCUUUACACCAUUCGCAUGCAAAGGUAUGUUAUUAUUGCUGAACAGGCUCAAAGGUGGAUGUCCCGCGACUAAAGGGUUCAAGACUUUCUUCUCACUCUUCAUAUCUUACAUCACCUUUAUCAAAACGGCAACGGUUUCGAAAACCACCGAUACUGAGCUAGCAACAAAAAGUGACGGCCUCGCCAAGGCUGUAUCUGUAUUGACUGGUGCUAAACAAGUGAGUACGGAUUUUAGAGAGACCAUGUUGUCAAUGGGAAAGACAUUGAUUGAGCAGAAGAAAGCUGGUGCAGAGCCUGUCUCACCAAAGCAAAGGAAAGUGUUGAUCGUGGCUAUGGUGCAAUGGACUAAAACAGUCGUUACAAUUGUGAAAACGGCCGUGGAGCAUGCUGGAAAGUCUAUCGAUACAUCCAAUCUUGGGCUUGACGUUGAUGUUAAUGAAAUUGUUAAUGAAAAAGAAGACAGCCCAACAACACCCACAACCCCCACAACACCCUCUACACCCUCUACACCCACAACACCCUCUACACCCACAACACCCUCUACACCCUCUACACCCACAACACCCUCUACACCCUCUACACCCACAACACCCUCUACACCCACAACACCCACAACACCCUCUACACCCGAAACACCCUCUACACCCACUAAAUCAACUCCUACACCCUCUACACCCACUAGCUCAACUCCUACACCCGAAACACCCUCUACACCCUCUACACCCUCUACACCCACUAAAUCAACUCCUACACCCUCUACACCCACUACACCCUCUACACCCGAAACACCCUCUACACCCACAAAAUCAACUCCUACACCCGAAACACCCUCUACACCCACGAAAUCAACUCCUACACCCUCUACACCAACGGACAGCCCUACUAGCUCAACAGGUAGCCCUAGUAGCCCAACUCCCACUACACCCACUGAAUCAGGUCCUACACCCACUGGCUCAAGUCCUUCCACGACCACAGAAUCAGCUACUCAAACCACAUCAGCGAAACAAGUGGAGACUCAAACAACCAACGAAGUAAUGUCGUUCAUCUCUGGCCUAGAGAAGAAGUAUGCAGGAAAGACAGAACUCAGCACUUUCUUUGAGAAACUCAAGUCUACCAUGACUGCUACAUCAAAGAUCUCUACCACAGACGAAAAAACCUUCGCUUCUGGUGUUAAAACUGCUGCUGGGACACUAUCUCAAGCGGCAGAGUCUGUUACUCAAAAGUUAGGCACAUCAGCAGAGAGCAAGCAAAAAAUAGAAACUUCCCAACAAGAGUUGAUGAAGACAUUCAAAGAACUAGAAGAAGUUAAAACUAAAAUAGUGAGUGAGAGUAAAGGCAAGACAGUGACCUCCACACAACAGACAGAGCUUAAGCAGACACUCACUAAAUGGGAACAAGUCACCACCCAAUUUGUGGAGACUGCUGUUUCUUCUAGUACAGCUUCGUCUUCCACUCAGUCAUCUAAGUCAACUUCCUCUAAGAAGUCUGAACAGUCCCAUCAGUCUCAUGAGACCCAGCAGACUCAGCAAAUUCAGCAGGGAACUUCCUUGAAGGCUCAGGCUCAGGCUCAGACUCAGACUCAGUCCAAAUGA